AUGUCGGUCUCAAUUGCUGCGAUGGCGGCGACUUGGAGAAACGUCAAGUUGUCCGAGUUGCAGUCAGAAAUGGACGAAAAGGCAACAGAUUUAGCUGCCAAGAGCUCCGAAUCAGAUCUUUCCCGCAAGAAACUUAUCGGCGCCUCAAAAACCUUCAAAAAAGAAUCUCCGGAAGAAGCCCGCAAAGCCGCUGCUCCCCUUCUCAAACUCUUCCAAGGCGAAGUUGAUGCUUUAUCAAAACGAUCAAAGGCCGCAGAAACCGCCUUUUUGAACAUUUACAAGCGAAUAAUCGAACUCGCGGAUCCUCUGCCCGCUUUGGAGGCUGCUGAGCUCAAUUUGAAGAAGCUACAGAAAGCGAAGGAUAUUGAAGUCGAAAAUCAGAAGCUGAAGGACACCAUCAAUGGAUACAAGAAGGAUUUUGCGGAAAUGAAGGGACACGAAAUCACAAUUCAAAAACUUAAUCAAAAAAUAAAAGAGCUGGAAUCCGAAAACGAAAACAGCGUGUCUCAAUGCAUCGACGAGAAAGAAAAGGAACUGCAAAGUCUUUUCUCGGAGAAAGAAAGGGAGCUGCUCGAGACGCAACAAAUGGUCGCGGGGAAGCUCGGACAAACGGAACAAAGAGCCGCCCUUACUCAGCAAAAACUCGAAUCGCUCCAAAACGAGCUGUUGGAAAUCAGGGCCAAGUAUGAAGAAGAGCGACAGGCGAAAACGGAAGAACUCGACAUGCUCGAAUCUGACCUUGAAAGAGCGACGCACAGGGCGGAAACGGCGGAGAAAGAAGCUGAUCAACUCAGAGAAAAGCUGUCAUCCGCCGCGCCUGCGUUUGACUCAUCCGACAAUUCCGACUUGGCGGCAAAUAUUGCUGGUUUGGAAGCUGAAUUGAGCAGAAAAGAGCGAGAGAUCAACCACUUGAGCACGGAGUUUUCAGCUGCCACGGAAAAAUCGCAAGUCGUUGUUGCUCAACUCAACCGACAACUUGAAGCUUUGACGGAAAAAAACGAAAAACUCAACGAUGAAAAAACCUCGCUAGAAUCCGCAUUGGUCGAUCAAAAAGACUUCAUCGCUCUCAAGAAAGAACUUGACAUUUUGAAAUCAACGCAAUUCGCCGGCGAGGACGAGCAAAAGAUCGAAUCACAAUCGCUUGAGACUCUUUUGCUUUCGCAAAAUCGAGGUCUUCAAACGGAAAAUUCGCAGUUGAGAAAGGAGAAUAUUUCCAUAACGAAUGAUCUCAAGCAGAGUGGAUCGGAUGUUCAGGCGUUGAGGGGACAGGUCCAGAAUCAAGAGGCGUUGAUUGAGAAAUUGGAGAAGGACUUGCUCAUGGUGAAUGCUCUUCCUUCAGCUUACAGAACAACAGGGGACGGACAAUCCUCUCCACCAAACGCCCAGGCGGAUUUCCUCGCAGAUGCGGUGAAAGAAGUCGCCCAAAAAAGCACGGCCCUGCUGAGCGACCAACUUCUGCCUAACGCUGCGAGCAAGCACUCGGAUUCUUCCCUUCUUACAAUUGUUCAGUCUCAGCGCGAACGAUUCCGUCUACGUGUGCAAGACCUCGAGCAUGAGAACAUGAUGCAAACACAAUCGAUACAGUCGCUCACACAAGAGAUUGAACAAAUGAGAUUGGACAACGUCAAACUUUACGAGAAAAUCAAAUUCCUGCAAAACUACCGCCCAAGUUCAAACAGCAGCGGCUCCAGCAACUAUCCAAAUACUUUCAACGAUGACGAAGCCGGACGCAAAUACGCGGGUCAAUACGAAAAUCAGCUCGACCCUUUUGCAAAAUUUUCAAAAUCGGAGAAACAAAGAAAGUAUGCUUCGCUCUCGCCAAUUGACAAGUUUUCGCUCAACAUGGGGCAGUUUAUUCUUGGCAACAAAGCUGAGAAAAUGAAGGUCGCCCUAGUGACUGGAGGAAAUCGCGGAAUUGGGAAAGAAAUUGUCAGAAAACUCGCUUUGGGAGGCUUCAAAGUCAUUUUAACUUCUCGAAACCUGGAAAAGGGAAGAAAAGCAAAAGUCGAGCUGGGCAGUCUUUCCAACAUCGACGUCCUCCAGCUCGACUUACAAUGCUCGACUUCCAUCACGAAUUUGAGAGAAAAAGUAGCGAAGGAAUACGGGCAGCUGGACGUGCUGGUUCAAAAUGCGGCGAUAAGCGGCGGUGGAAAUGUCAAACGCGACUUCGUUGAGGAUAUGUUGAAGACUAACUUUUGGGGACCUUCGUGUUUGAUGAAGGAGUUUUACGAGCUCAUGGCGGAUUCUUCCAGAGUCGUGUUUAUGAGCUCCAUGGUGUCGAUGAGGACGCUAACAAAUGCCCGACACCCAUUGGUUCACGAAAUCGGUCAAAACAACAUCUUUCUAACGGAAGAGAGACUAGAACAACUUGCCCAGUCCUACAUCGACAACUACGAAAGUGACAAAAAUCUGCCAAGAAGUUGCUACGGCGUUUCGAAGAUUCUCAUAAAUGCUCUGGCUCGUGUUUACGCAAUGAAAUUGCUGAAAACAGCGUUGAUCGCCGGCUCUUGCCUGGCCGACGAAAGCGGCUACCAGACCCCUGUGCCAGAAGGCUCGGUGCAUUUUUAUGAGUCCUUUGACUCCGCUGACGCUAUCGAUGGCUGGACCCGCUCUGACAACGAAAAGUACGCUGGUGGAAAAUGGGCUGUCGAAGCUCUAGCUAAAGAAGCUCUUGAAGGAGAUCAAGGCCUCGUUAUCAAAAAGAAAGCCGCCCACCACGCUCUUGCAAACUACCUUGACAAGCCAUUCAACUUCGAGUCGAACUUCGUUGCCCAAUAUGAAGUUGCCUUCCAGAACGGAAUCGAAUGCGGUGGUGGCUACAUGAAGCUUCUCUCUCAAUCGGACGACGAUUUAGUUAAUUUCGACGACAAAACUCCUUUCACGAUCAUGUUUGGUCCAGACAAGUGCGGCGCCGAUUACAAGCUCCACUUCAUCUUCCGCUACAAAAAUCCCGUCACUGGUGAAAUCACUGAACGCUCUCCGUCGAAAAAGGCGGACAGCAGCGAUCUUCAAAAGAAGUACACCGAUAACAAGCCUCAUGUUUACCGAUUGGAAGUCAACACCGAUAAUACUUUCGCUAUCUCCAUCGAUAACAAGGUGGUUAUGUCUGGAAAUCUUCUUGAUGAUAUCUCCCCGCCAAUAAUUCCACCAAAGGAAAUCAAUGACCCUGAGGACUCGAAGCCCGAAAGCUGGGACGAGCGAGAACGAAUCGCCGAUCCCGAGGCAGUGAAGCCAGAAGACUGGGAUGAAACUGCACCAGCUAAGAUUCCUGAUGAAAAUGCUGUGAAGCCCGAUGGCUGGCUCGAUGAUGAAGAAGCGCUUAUUCCUGAUCCUGAUAGCGUGAUGCCCGACGAUUGGGACGAAGAAAUGGACGGCGAAUGGGAAGCACCGCUAAUUGAAAACGAACUUUGCAAAAGUGCUCCUGGCUGUGGAGCCUGGCUCCGACCGGAAAUCAAUAAUCCAGCUUACAAGGGUAAAUGGAAAGCGCCAAUGAUCGACAACCCCGAUUACGAUGGCAAGUGGGCGCCACGUAAGAUUCCCAACCCAGAGUAUUUCGAAGACGCUACCCCCUAUAAAAUGACUCCAAUUGGCGCUAUUGGUCUCGAACUCUGGACUUUGUCCGACGAUAUCUACUUCGACAACAUUUACAUUGGAAACAACGCUGACGCCGCUCGAGCGCUCGUUGAACAGACCUGGGCUUUGCGAAAGAAGCAGAACAGCAACGUUCUCACUCCCUUCGUCGAAGCAACUGAAGGUCGACCAUGGCUCUGGGCUGUUUACGUCAUGGCCGUUAUCAUUCCAGUCUUUGGACUGAUCAUCUACUUCUGCUGCAGCGGCGAAUCUAAAGAAGACGAAGUUGCUCGAAAGAAAAAGACUGAUGAGCCAACUGAAGACGACCCACACGAUUCUGAUGCCGAGAAAUCCGAUGCUGAGGAAAAGGAGAUUGAGCAAAGCUCUGAAGAUGAGGAACCUCGACUUGAAGGAGAUGAUGAGCCAACUGAGCAAGGUGAUGCUAAAGAAGCCGCACCAGGCGAAGAAGACUCAAAGUAA